CUAAUGCUCCGACUGUCAUGAGUUGUCAUCGAGACACACCUGUCCGUCACUGCGUCAGAGGAGGCUGCGGCUGAACAAGGAGGAGGCCUUUAGCACGGACUCAUGCGCGGGGCAUCAUCCACCCACUGACUCAGAGAACAAUCAGCCCUCAGAGAUAAAUGCCAGAUUCUCUUCCUCCGAGCUCCACUAUUGUUUCUUCGUGGCUGAAGACGCGGAGACCCGAACGUGGACAAGCAGACAAAAGGAGCCGGGAUAGAAUGAGGCAGCAGGUGUAGGAGAUCUCCAGUGAGCGGUGUGUGGGCCUGUGAGCGUGACCGACUCAAACCGGGAAAUGAGGACCACUCUUCCUUUGUGCGGAGGCGAUGAUGAAGCCUGUGGUCAUCAGCGAAGCAUUAGCAGGGUGGGCUGGAUGAAGAGGCUGCUGUGGCUCAGGUCCAACCACUGCGGGGGCAUCCACAUGGACACGGAGCCCGGAGUGUGGCUCAGGAGCUUCCAGCUGCUGGACACGGAGGGCCAACAUGAGGAACCAGUGCAGGAGUGGGGCGAGGAGGAGGAGGACGGGGCCAUUUUUGGGAUCACCCUUCGAAGGGAGCCCACCCCGCCGGGCUCGGACUCGGACUCCUCUGACCUCUCGCCGGCCUUCGGCUGCGUCCAGUACCACACGGUGAAGAUCCGCAGGCUGAAGGCCGCCAGCUUGGAGCGCCUGGUGUCCCACCUGCUGGACGCAGAGCACCGGGAGCCCGACUUCAUCCGGGUGUUCCUCUCCAUGUACCGGGCCUUCACCUCCACCAGCGCCGUCAUCGAACUGCUGUUUCAGAGAGUCGAAGCGCUUGACAACUUGGACAACGCGGCCAGUUUGCACAGUAGUGCUCUCCCGGUGGUGCGGCUAUGGUUGGAGGAAUACAGCACCGACUUCCAGGACCCGCCUCAGUACCAGGCCCUGAGGCUGCUGUGUUCCCACCUACGUCAUCAACUCUGCUUCAGACGUUUGCUUCUGACUGCUGAGGCUUUGCUCAAGAGACUCCAGGAACAAGACUGCAGCCGCUCUGUGUCAGAACACCUCAGUGCAUCCCUGCAGCGCUGCAAACUCGGCGAUGGAGGAGAAAUGUCCUCUAAACCAGACAAGCACAACUUCCUGGACUUCCCAGUUAGAGAAGUAGCAGAGCAGCUCACCAGAUUGGACGCCGAGCUGUUUGUGAAAGUGGAGCCGUUCCACUGCCUGGGCUGCAUCUGGUCGCAGCGUGACAAAAAGGAAAACCGCAAUCUGGCGCCGACGGUCCGAGCCACCAUUUUCCAGUUCAACGCAGUGACGAACCGUGUCAUCACUUCCCUCCUCUGCCCAUCCUCGCCCAGCCCAUACACUUCCUGCUCCAUCUUGUCCCCUUCCUCGACCUCCACCUCUCUGUACCCGUCUUCGGCUCCCGGCUCGCCUCACGGCUCGCACGCCAGUCCGGUUCACAGGGCGCGCGUCAUCGAGUGGUGGAUCGCCGUCGCACAGGAGUGCAGACAGCUGAAGAACUUCUCGUCUUUGAAAGCCAUCCUGUCCGCCCUGCAGUCCAACGCCGUGUACCGCCUCAAGAAGACCUGGGCCGCUGUGAGCAGGGAAAGCAUGACCGUCUUUGAUCACCUCUGUGAGACGUUUCCCGAUGAGAACUGUGUCCUCACAAGUGGAGUCGAGAGCUUCAGCUGUGGUGUGGUGCCGUACCUGGGGACAUACCUGACGGUCCUCACCAUGUUGGACACGGCGCUGACCGACACGCUGGAGGGGAAUCUCAUCAACUUUGAGAAACGGAGACGGGAGUAUGAGAUCCUCUCACAGAUCCGACAGCUGCAGGCUUUCUGCUCCCACUACAGCCUCUCGGUGAACUCUGACCUCACAGACUGGCUCCAGGCUCACACUCUGCUCACGGAGCAGGAGAGCUACGAGCAGUCUCGGGACCUGGAGCCUCCCGUUGACCCUUGCCCCAACUCUCCCAACUCUUGGAGCCGCCGCCUGCUGGCCAAUAAGCUCGCUUCGUUGCGAACAUCGCACUCGGAUCAGAUGAGCGUGUCGUCGUCUGGAUCCAGUGGUUCAGACCUGGAGGAUCUCUCCACGCCUUCACCCUUCAGGCUCAAACUGAAGUCUCUCCCAGGCUCUCUUCACAACGUAGCGGAGGACUUCUCCAUGUCUUCCUCACCCUCACCGAGCCUCUCCAGCUCAUCCUGCUGCUCCUCACAGCCAGACCUCUCCUCUUCUUCUCUGGCGCUCAGCCCAGAGUCCUCCCCGUCGUCGUCUUCAUCGCAGUCCACCUGCUCCCCUCAGGCCGUGCUGCCUCUCUACAACAAACAGAUCGCAGACUCGUGUAUCAUCAGGGUCACGGUGGAGUGUGUCAGCAACGGGAACAUCUACAAGAGCAUCCUGCUCACCAGCCAGGACCACACGCCGCAGGUGAUCCAGAGAGCUCUAGAGAAACACAACAUGGAGGAUUUCAGGAGCAGCGACUUCGGCCUCUACCAGCUGCUCAACCAUGGAAGAGAGCUUCACAUUCCUGACAACGCCAACGUCUUCUACGCCAUGUGCACCUCGGCCAACUACGACUUUGUGCUGCGGCAGCGCUGGAGGAGCCACGGGAAGCAGUUUGGCUCCUUCUCCAGCCCUGGCGCUCGGCCCAGGGGCCGACACGUCAAAUGAACCACAAGCUUCUGCACAGGCUGAACGUUUACCGACGUGACUGCAGCACCUCGUCGCCGUCAGAAGCCCCGACUUGCUUCGGAGGCUCCUCAAGUUUCUGUUCAUAACCUCAAAGACCGUCGGCGUGUCUGACUGACUGACUGAAGAAUAACUCGGAGCAGUUCUCACUUUACCAGCAGAACAAAAGAAAACCUGCUCCGUGAGAGGAGAGAUGACACCAAUCCAGAUGUUCAUCCAGGAUGUCUAGUAGUGUGGGAUCUGAAUCCCAUCUGGAGGGAAUCAUCAGCAGUCCUGAGUUUGACUCAUCAAGGGAAACUCCUGAAUGACUACAGAAGGAUUUUUUGGCCUCACCCAGAUAAUCUGAAAGCAUAACACUCCUUGGAUACAGAAACAUUGUCCUGAGAGUAGCUCAUGAACAUGCACAUGUCUAGUUUGAAAAUUUAAAUAUUUUAUACAAUCUAAAUGUAAUUUUAACUGUUUAAAUUAUUUAACGCACUUCAGUAUUUAUGUGUGAAAGCAAUGAUGGCGCAAUGCGCUGCAACAACACAAAAAUAUCAAGUUUUUUUUACAGGUUCUAGUGCAAAUAUAUUAGCAAACUAUAUUAUAUAUUCGUCCACUUGAAGCAAGACAAAACUAAUCUACAAGUAACUUCAGCAAAAUACAGAAGCUUGUUUUAAAUCAAUAAUUCAUUCAUAUGGAUGAAACAAUACUGGCAGAUUAUUUCACUUUUAACAAGAAAAUGUCCCAGAUUGUAAGGAAAAUAUUUAGCCAAUGGAAAUAGCACUUUUUUAAAAUUAAUGUUAAAAAUUUUUUGACUGAAAACAAACUCUUUAAUCUUUCUGAAAAGUUGGGGGUUUAUUUUUCAAAGUGUAAUAAGUCAUUUGCACUAAAAACUCGACAACAAAUACUGUCUGAGUUUGUUUUUGCGGAGUGAGAAAAAGUUUGAGCCUGUUUAGAUUCUGUUAGGAUCUGAUCUGUACUGACGAGGUGCAGACAGCAGUAACGGCUACUCCGCUCCUUUUUCAAAACACUUUUUGCAAAACCAGAGUUAUGAAGGAUUUUCACGUUGAUUUGAAUUUUGUAAAUGUGUCCCAGCCUUCCAAGCUGCAGGUUUCAGUCAGGCUGCAGCAAUUUAUCGAGCGCAUGCAGGUUUGUUGCUGAAAAGAUUCCUGUGACGUUUAUGGUCUAACAAACACCUGGAUUAAUACAUGCAGGUGUUUGGUUUUUGAAUUUUGUGCCUAAAUCUGGCAUAAAACUUUGAUUUACUACAGUUCUCAUAAGCUCUGCCCAGACUUGUUAGUUGUCAGUUUAAAAAAAGAAAGUUUUGUUUUUUGUUGUUUUUUUUCUGUAGUGGUCAAAUGAAGAAACAUCCUGCAGAUUUCAACUGGUUUUGCUCUCUAACCUCGUUUGCAUUGUGUAAUUGUUUUGUUGAAGUCUUUUUCUAAAUAUAUAUUUUGCUGAUUCAGUGAUGUAAGAAGCAGCUGGUCAUUUGAAGGAUGCACAGUGUGACCCUCGGCUGCUUCACUGUUUCUGAUCUGAAGGGAGGCCCUGGGAUGCGAGAAGACGCGUUUCUGCGUGUGACCCGAGCGACGUCUCCAGUCUGAAGACGUUCAGCCGAAGCUUUGACAGCGAAAGAGCUGAAAUCUGCAGUGAAGAGGAAAUCGAUGACUUCUGCUGUUUGUUCCUCCA